ACUCCUCGACGUUAUACAGUGAAUUGUAGGAGUUUAACUCAAUAAAUUGUUUUAUAGUGAGAAUUGUUACGAAUUUAUCCAAUCAUCUCUUCCAUUCCCCAGUCAGAAAUAUAUGGCAACCACGACGCUGGCUUCAUCUUCUGCUCCUUUCUUUCAGCAUGUUUCUCUCGGUUGCAGCAAUACCAAGGCAGAUGCUGCUCCUUUGUUUCAUGUCCAAUAUUUUUCUCGAACAAACUUUGGACUCUCAAGGCCGCUGAUUUACUGUGGCUCCUCAAGCAUGGGCAAGAGACUUCCACUGAAGCCAAUAUCUGCUGUUGGUUCAGGUUUAGAGGCGACAAUAACAGAUCCAGACAAGAAUCAAAUUAGCAUUAAAAAUGUUGAGAUAGUAGUGGAGUCUAAGGAUGAUGAUAAGAUGCAAGUAAGGGUCGAUUUGCCUGGGAAAGAAACACAGAUAGUGUUUGAGAAAAUUCUCAGAAACUUAGCUCGUACAGCUCCACCAGUUCCUGGAUUCCGCAGAGAAAAAGGAGGGAAGACAUCUAAAGUCCCAAAGACUUCCUUCUCAUCUUUUUCUAAUCCUCCCAAACUUGGAUUUGUUGUUAUUUGA